UAUUCAAUUUGCUCGUUAAAUUGGUAAUGGUCAUGGAAACUCUCGUUAACUGUGUGCUGAAGGCGUGUGGCUUUUUAAAGAUGUUUGUAAUGAAAAUUCCACAUAAAAUGUUGAAAAGCAUCAAAAUGGGACAAGUCUGCAAAAAUGCGUUGACAGCUGACAAAAACGGUUGCUAUACAGAAAGACUGCAGGACAUGAUUGGACCAAAGUAUCCAGGAAACAGCAAUGUUCGCCAAGUACAGUUCAGAAAAGUUGAAAACGAAUCCGAUAUCGAGACGAAAUACAGACUAACGCGAGAAGAAACUGAAAACUGGCAUGUGCAGUAUUGGGAAAGUCACAACUCAGAUUUCAAAAACAUGAAAAAAAUUUUCAUAGCUGAAACGGUUCUUAAGAAGCAGCAAGAGCAAGAACAAAACAACGAAGUCUCCGAUCAAACUUCAGAAACAACUAUUGAACUAAACGCAGAUGAAAUGAGUGUAUUUUACAAGCAAUAUUUAAGAGAAACUCAAUCAAAACAUUUACAAUAUAACCGCGAUUGGUACAAAAGAAACUUUUACAUAGUUUAUUUGUCGGUUAUGGUAAACUUCUUCAAAUUAUUUCACCCUAAAAAUUUGACGAUUCAGGUUUUGGUUGAAUUUUGCGAAGUGCCUGUAUUACCGCUUGUGAAAACAACUAAUGAACUAAACGCAGAUGAAAUGAGUGUAUUUUACAAGCAAUAUUUAAGAGAAACUCAAUCAAAACAUUUACAAUAUAACCGAUUGGUACAAAAGAAACUUUUACAUAGUUUAUUUGUCGGUUAUGGUAAACUUCUUCAAAUUAUUUCACCCUAA